CGCUCGCGGCGGCGGCGGCGGCGCUGCUGGUGGCCGCCGCGCUGUGCGCCCGCCCGGCGGCCGCGGCGGGCGGGCCCCGCAUGGCGGACCUCAGCGUGCUCCUGCCCCCGCGCAUGACCAGGCCCGUCGAGUACCGCCUCGUCGGCGGGGACGGAUGCUUCACCUGGUCGCUGGAUCACCAUGACAUCAUCUCGAUCAAGCCCGAGUACAACGAGAGCAGCAAAUGCUCGACGAGCGCCCGCCUGGCGUCGAUCGCGCCGUACGGCGGCCGCAAGGAGACCUCUGUCUACGCCACUGAUAUGAUCAGCGGGGUCACGAUUCACUGCAAGGUCUUCGUCGACAGGAUCUCCCGGGUCAGGAUUUUCCACCAUUCUGUCAAGAUUGACCUGGAUGAAGUCGCCACGUUGCGCGUGCAUGCCUUUGAUGACGAAGAAAACGUGUUCUCAACGUUGGUGGGAUUGCAGUUUAUGUGGCAGCUUAUCCCGGCAUCGCUUGAUAACAGUAACCAUCAUCUUGCUCACAUUCCGCUGAAAGAUACACAUUUAAGUGACUGUAGUGGUUUUUGUGUUGAUAUGAAUGCACGGUUUGAGCUUGAAGACAGGAAUCUUGGUUCUGAUUUCUUUGUCGUGAAGGGUGUCGGGAUUGGCCACGAGGCUGUCAGUGUUCAACUAUUUGAACCACAGUUUGAGCACGUAAAUGACACUAUCACCUUGACUGUUGCUGAGGCUAUGUCGCUAGAGCCUCCUUCACCCGUCCUUGUAACUCUUGGUGUUUCAGUAAAUUUCAAACUCAAGAUUUUUCGACAAAAGGUCGCGCAAGUGGUUAAUCUACCAUCACAAUACCAUCUUUGGCAUGUGACGAACUCUUCUGUGGCCCAAGUGGAUAGUUCUUUGGGUGUUGUACAUGCUCUGAAUCUGGGAUUUACGAAUGUUGUUGUUGAAGACACAAGAGUUUCUGGCCAUCAACAAGUAUCAUCUCUACAUGUUGUUAUUCCACGGACACUCUUCCUUUAUCUAGCUCCAGUGAUGGCUGAUUCUGAUCAUCUUCAUGGUAUAACAAAUAUUCCAUCCUCAGCAGCGUGGUACGUUUUUCCUGGAAAAGAAUACAUUGUUCUUGCGAAAGCUUUUGCAGAGGGAUUUGAUACUAGAGAGAUAUUCAUUACGGAGGAAAACAAUUUUAUAUUGGAGAGCAGCACAGUGGAAUUCUGGAACUUAUCGCGGGUUGCGGACAACUCUGUAGUGCAUACUUCUAGAUUGCUAUUCCCCAUUUCCCAGGGCAAAGGAUAUUUGGUUUCUUCAAUAACAUACCAAACAGAGGCAUCUGGAUCAGCAAAGGUUCUCAAGCUGCUGCAAGAAGUUAAUGUAUGCACUAAAGUGAAGGCAACCUGGGAUGAAGGAAUGGAGAACUCCAAUAUUAUCCACCUACCCUGGGUAAAUGGAGUUUAUCAAGAAGUUGAAUUGAUGGCAGUUGGAGGUUGUGGUAAGACGAUGGAGGACUACAAGUUAUAUUCAUCUGAUGAAAGUGUCGUUUCUGUGUCUGAUUCGCACACUGUCCGUGCUAAAAAGCCUGGUCAAGCUGUUAUCAAAGUAGUUUCUGUCUUUGAUUCCCUGAAUUUUGAUGAGAUCAUUAUUGAAGUAUCCACUCCUUCAGCACUGGCUAUAUUGCCAAUCUUUCCUGUGGAGGUGGCUGUUGGAACACAACUUCAUGCUGCUGUGACAUUUAAGACAUCUAAUGGACUCUCAUACUCGAGAUGCGAUUAUUUUAAUGCCUUUAUAAGGUGGAGUCUACUAUCUGAGAAUCAAACUUUCGAAUUUGUUGACACAACUGAGGCUCUGGGCGCUGAGGCCUUUAAACAUCAUACUGGUUCUUGGACACAAUAUGGCAAUCCUUGUGCUUGGGUAUCUCUAAAUGCAGCUGCUGCUGGUCGAGCCACAGUAGUUGCGACUUUUUCGUCUGAGUCAGAGUCCUACCUUGAGACUUUUAAUGUGCCUAUUUUACUGAAGGCCAUCUCAAAAGUAUCUGCAUAUUAUCCUCUUCUGGCACUUCAAGCAGGAAAUGGGAAUCAGUUUGGUGGUUACUGGGUUGACUUAUCUAGAUUACAGAGUGAAAUUCAGAAUGUGGGUGACAACUCUCCCAAGGAGUUGUACUUGGUUCCUGGAUCAACCAUGAAUGUUUUUCUCUAUGGAGGGCCUGAGCCGUGGGACAAAGUGGUUGAUUUUGUCGAAACUGUUGAUGUUGUUGGUGAACCCAAAAGUUAUACUACUGGUUCCACUGCUGUGCAAAAAAUAUCUAGUGGACUAUACCAAGUUUCUUGCCAAAGCGAAGGCAGCUUUAAACUGCUGUUCUCACGUGGAAACAUGAUUGGGAAAGAUCAUCCCGUGCCUGCUGUAGCCAAGUCAGAGUUAUCAAUUGUUUGUGACUUACCGUCAGCAAUAAUAUUGAUUGCAAAUGAAAAUGAAAACCGGCUUGAUAUUUUGGAAGAGGCAAGCAAAGCUGAACGUACCCCUGAUAGACUGCAAUUAUCUCCUGUUGUAAUCUCAAAUGGAAGGAGCAUCCGGCUGGCUGCUGCUGGUGUACAUGGAAAUGGAAGAUUUUUUGCCAAUUCGUCCUCUCUUUUCCUGAGAUGGGAAACCACUGCAUGCGAGGGACUUGCUUACCUGGAUCAAGACGAAGAAGCUGAAACUUUAGAUAAGUCAUCUUGGGAGAGGUUUCUUGUCCUACAGAAUUCUACAGGACUGUGCACUGCCCGUGCUACAGUCAUUGGCUUUUCUUCAAGAAUUGCUAGCCAAACCCGUGAAGAGCACUUGUUUCUUCAAAGCGCAAAUGACAUGCUGACAGAUGCUAUUCAGUUGCAGAUUGUUUCUUCCUUGAGAGUCAUUCCGGAGUAUGUCUUGUUAGUUAACCAUCCUGAAGCACAGGAAAUCUUAUCUGUCAGUGGUGGUACAUGCUACCUGGAUGCCUCUACCAAUGACACAAACGUUGUGCAAACAGUUCAACAACCAGGGAAGGCGCUAUGUUCCCAGUUGGUUCUUGGCGCUAGAGGCUUAGGCAGUGCUGUUGUGACAAUUCAGGACAUUGGCCUUUCCCCUAGAGUAACAACUAGUUCUCUGGUUAGAGUUGCAAAUGUUGACUGGAUUCAGAUACUGUCAGAAGAGCACAUCAGCAUUAUGGAAGGAACCACAAAAGAAUUUCAGAUUUCAGCUGGUACCCAAGAUGGACAAGUCUUCGGAGAUUUUCAGUACAAAUACAUGGGAGUUGAGGUACAUCUUGGUGAUGAAAUUCUGGAGCUUAUUAAUCCAACAGAGUUUCUUGGUGGACCAACAUUUUCAACUAAAGCGGCAAAGACUGGCACGACAUCUCUUUAUGUCAGUGUGAAGCAACACUCUGGGCAGAGAGUUUUGAGUCAAGUUGUGAACGUAGAAGUGUACAAACCUCUGCAAAUACACCCGGAGUACAUUUACCUCACACCGGGUGCCUCUUUUGUGCUUUCUGUUAAAGGUGGUCCAAAGAUUGGAGUUUCCAUUGAGUACACAAGUCUGAACAUGGGAACAUUGGAAGUUCGAACUGCUACUGGGAAGCUGUAUGCAAGGACAGUAGGAAACUCUACUGUACGUGCAGCUGUUUUGGCAAAUGGAGGCACCGUCAUUUGUGAAGCUUUUGGACGAGUUGAAGUGGGCAUCCCAGUGGCUAUGGGAUUGAGCACUCAAAGUGACCGUCUCUGUGUUGGCUGCAGCAUGCCAAUCUACCCUUCCCUGCCUAAGGGAGAUCCCUUUUCCUUCUACGAGACUUGUCAAAGUUACACUUGGACAAUAGCAGAUCAAAAGGUGGUGACAUUCCAAUCAUCUGGAAGGAAAAAUGGAGUCAAUGAAGCCCUACAUUUUGAAGGAAAAAAAUAUCCAUGGUUAUCAAAUGGAAAUAGAAAUGUUUUUAUUAAUCAUCUGAUUGGAAGAUCUGGUGGGAAAACUAAAAUUUCUGUUUCAGUCAUGUGUGAUUUCUCGCUGCAUGGCAGUUCUAGAUCUGUAUCUUAUGAUGCCUCCAAGACAAUUCUGGUCGUACCAGACCCUCCCCUUGCACGCGGACUUCCUAUAACAUGGCUAUUUCCUCCCUUUUAUACAACCACAGACCUUUUACGUAGAUCAAUUAAUUCAGUUGGAGAACCAGACUCACAUGACCUAGAGGACACUAUUGGAUAUUCUCUGUUAAGGAGCAGUGGCCGAAGUGAUCCUGCCAUGCAGAAUGCCAACCUUAUUGAUGGAAGUAAAAUCAGGACCGGAGAAAGUAAUGCAGUUGAUUGUAUUCAGGCAAAAGAUCACUCAACUGGCAGAACAGUAAUAGCAUCAUGUCUACGAGUUGCUGAGGUUGCACAAGUGCGAGUAGCUGCUGCUGCAGAAUCAUCAAUCCAGACAGCCUAUCUUUCUGUAAAUGAUAAAGUUGAACUGGAUGUCAAAUAUGCUGAUGAAUUAGGUUAUAUCUUCACUGAAGCACUUGGAAUAGCACCUGUAAAGAUCGAGACAAACAAUCCUGAUGUUGUGUCAAUUGUGAUGCACAGAGAUGGCAAUGGUACAUAUGGGGCCCAUCAACAUUUUGUGCUACAGGCGAGAAGUCAUGGGACAGCUCUUGUAAGGAUGCAAAUCAGCCAUCCUUCUAGGAAAGCAGAUUUCAUAAUGGUAUCUGUUGCUGCGUGGAAGGAUGUGGUGAUUAAUUCUACCGAAGAAGACCGUAAACUGACUGAGGAAGUCGAAGUUAGCUCUGCUCCAGGAGACAGAAAAGAGCCAUCGUCGUCGUCAGGCCUAACCACACUUGCUGUUAUCCUCUCGUGCAUCGCUGUACCUGCGGCUACACUUGCCAUCUUCAUGAAACUGCUGGAGAGACCGGCCCGACAGGUGCCACCUCGGCACGCAGCGCCCACACCGGCUGCUGUGGCUGCUGACCCUGCUUCCCCUCGCACGCCGCAGCCCUUUGUGGAGUACGUGCGGCAGACCGUCGACGACACGCCUUACUACAGGCGCGAUGCUAGGAGGCGAUUCAACCCCCAGAAUACGUACUGAGCGUGUAAGCUAAACUAACGGUGAUGGCCUUUUCCGUAGAGUGUUGUGUAGACUGUAGCUGGGGUUUGUAGUUGUAGGCUGUAGCUGGCAGAGGUUUGUAGUUGUUGUAGACUGUAGCUGGCAGAGGUUUCUAGCUGCCAAUUUUCAAGCUGUGGCAGCAUCUGUGUGCCUGUAUAUGAUUGAUGGCUGGUUCCAUUGAUGGUUGCCAAUUUUCAAUUUUUAUUUGAGGUAGACAACAAAAUCAGUGAUUCGAGUUCAUUUAAUGUAAGAAUCAACUAUCAAUCUCGGAGCUUUGUAAAUGGAUUACGUAUUGGUUGAUUACUAGAAAGUUCAUCUCCAGAUUA